AUGAUGGCCUCCACCAUGCCUUCACCGCCGCUAUGGCUUUUCCUUUUCCUGGCCGUCGCCUCUCUGGCGCUGGCUUCGGCACCCUCGCUGGACACGCUCCCGGCUCAAAUCACGGCCCCGGCGUUGAUCCCCCCCAUGGACGCCCUCGUCGUCGAUGACCGCACGCCCACCAUGAUCAAGGGCCGUUGGACCAUGCUCCCGCCGGGGCGCGACGAGCUGAAGAAGCGCGACGAGGACGGCAUCACGCCCACGCCGACCGCGGCCGGGGCGACCAAGGCCAAACCCACGACGCUGACCGUCUCCGUCACCGCUCCCGCCGCCGCCACGGUGGACGUUGUUCCGUCCCCCCUGCCCUCGCCCUUCGACACCAGCCUCGCCUUCAACUUCACGAGCAACGACGGCGCCUCCUGCCCGCGCUUCAUCAACUCGUUCCUCACCAACCAGAACUUCAAGAAGUGCUACCCGCUCUCGAUGCUGCUCCAGGGCUCGCGAUCCUUUUUCGAGGCCGAGAAGCAGCUCUUGAGCAUCGUGCGCGUGCUCGACGCCACCUGCAGCGCCGACGUCGAAUUCUGCACCGAGUUCCUCAACGGCGUCGCCGGCAACCUCACCAUGGACGCCAACUGCGGCUCCGACUACCAGAGCGGCAACCCCAUCGUCAUGCAGGCCUACCUCGGCCUCAAGUCGUAUGAGAUGCUGUACAAGGCCACCUGCCUCACCGACCCGGACACGUCCAUGUACUGCUUCGCCAACGCCGUCACGAACCUCACCACGCCCUCCAACGUCUACUUCUACUACCUCCCGCUCAACAUGUCGCUCCCCGGCAGCGCGAACCCGACGUGCGGCGCGUGCCUCCGGCAGACCAUGGAGAUCUACCAGACCUUCACCACGAACCGCAAACUCGCCAUCGCGUCGACGUACGAGGACGCCGCCAUGCAGGUCAACACCAUCUGCGGCCCCGAGUACGUCAACGACACGCUCUUGGCCGCCGUGAGCUCGGCCGUACUGGCGGUGCCCUCGUGGGCUCUCACAGCGGCGACGCUAGCGCUGGCAAUGGUCUGCCACUUUUGGUAG